UGCAAUUCGUAACAACACAGUCAGCUCGGGGAGCAGGCGGGAGAACAUAUUGAUGUGAUGAUUGCAGCACAGUUUAAGUGCUUUGAGUCCGUUAUUGUCAAUGUCUGCGGUGACAGGCGGCCCGCACAGUCUUCAAAAUGAGAAGAGCAACAGAAAACCAAGGAGACACCCGAACAUUUUCAGACUACUUUUCCCCGAAAAGUAAAGUGAAGGACCAGGCACUCCAGCAGCGCUCCUCUUUCCAGGAGACUCCAAUGAAGCCUUCUCAGGUCCCUAACCAGCUUCCUCACCCACCACCCAGGAGAAUGUUGCCACUUCAGAGCCCCGAGUUGUGGCGCAAGGACAGACUGGGUCCACCACGGUACCCUCAUCAUUUGGGACUGUACAGCCCAGGUAACAUUGGCUCUGCUGCGAAUAGGCCCAAUCUCAUGCCACGGGACAGACUGGGACCUCCGCAUCAAUCCGCCCAACCCCCGGGGUCUUUACGCUCCCGGGUUAUUCCAAUCAGCCCAAUUAACCAUGGAACUACAGCUUACAGACCACAGCCUUCAUCUCCUGGUAUCUUUCAUUCUGCAAACCAUCAAUUCAUGAAGGAUUUAAGUGAUCAGUCCCCAUCUUCCCACAUCAGGAGAGAUCAAGUGACUGAAUCUAAGGUCCCCUCCUCUUACUCAGGAUGUACAAAUAUAACAGGACAAAGACAAGAAGCAAACAAGGCCAAUUCCAGUGAUGUGAGGAGUUCCAUACCUACUGUCCAGCUCCACAGGCCCCCUGUGACCCCGUUACUCAACAGUGGAGCAGCUCAAGAUGUUUACCCGCUGCCCUACUCAAAUUCAGAGCUUUGGAGUCCUAGCAACAGCCAGUGGCCUAGUACCCAGCCUUCCCACAGGACUAGUGGUUCCAGUGUACCCAUCAUGCACAGCCCUGUAGCCCCUUGCAAGGACCAACACCAUCAACAGACACCUUCAAGUGAAGAUUUAAUUCCAGGAGUAGACUUAUAUCACUUACCUCAGAAGAGGCGCAGGGAAUUGGAGGACUGUGACGACAGUGCCAAGAAAAUCUGUCUUGAGGGUGCAAACUCUGACAAAGCACAUACACCAAAACCCACCGUUGACAACACACUCAGCACCUCACUUGUUUCUCAGCCAUCAUCGAGGCAUUCUUCAGUCUCAGAACUGUCACACAAAACCACAGAACCAGCAUGUGGUCAAUCAGCCUAUGUUGAACUGUCAUCCACAAUUAAACCCACCCAGUCAUCUUGUGCAUCACUGUCACCCAACCCUUGUAUAAAGAAACGACCAUCAAUGGGGGCAAAGCAAGCCUAUAUAAAUUCCUCUCAUAAUCUUACUGUUAAGUUGAUGGAGGUAAGAUCAUCUUCAAAGUCAGAUGGAGAAUGUUUGAAGAAGAAAAGCGAGGUAAAUGAUAAAAGGGAGAAAUCAAGCUCUUUAUCCCCAGAGGUUCCCCAGAAGGACACUGGACAUAGUCACCGUAGUACAUCAGCCUUACCUGUCAAGACCCCAAGCAGAGGUAAUCAAGCGGAGGAGAGUAGAAAGUCGGACAGUACUACUCCCAAACCAGCCUCAAAACCAAAUUCACUUUCUCUGAGUUGUCGUACAGCAGAACGGAACAAAACAUCCCGUCCACGAAGGCCUGUCCCGAGCCCUGAUGAUAUUAGUGAGCUUUUCACCCCUGAUCCCUUGAAGUAUGUGGUCAGCCCUGCCCAUAAGACUGCAAAGCCCAAGACAGAUGGGGGACCAAUCAAAUCCUCCACUUCACGGAAAAGCUGUUCAUCCAGAACUGUGUCCAGCUCCAGUACCACAGUCACUGGAUCCUCGUGUCACAAAACACAAGACGUCACAGCAAACUGUUCUCCUCAUGAAGUGGAUACCAAAGUCUCGACCUUGUCAUCACCAGGUCGGCCAGAGGUCUUCUUGCCAACUGUAGCUUUGGAGCGUGUAAAACUUGAAAACCUAAAAUCCUUUUCCCCGAGAGACAGUGAACCUAAAAACAGUCCCUCCUCUUCUUCUUCGGUCAAGCCGCAUAAGGAUGAGAGUGUCCAAUUUAAUACGAAAGGCACAUCUCUCCUCCCAAACAGCCUGAGACCAUGUGCUUUAGAGACUGACAGUGCUACCUCUAAACAGACUUCUUCAUCUCACUGUACUCCACUGCUAGAAGGGGAGGCAAAUCAUAAAGAGGUGAUUGAAGAGGAUCCUAUAGAUGUGGAACUGGACCUCGACCUGAGCUUUGCGUUAGAUAUGGAUCUAACCCAGAGCUCCCAUAGCAGUGAGGAGGAGCAUUUGCUGUCCUUGCAGGAAAUGAUGGAGCGCGCUUACAAGCCCCCAGAAACACCGGAGAAGGCUGCCUUCUCAGAGCCCAGUACACCUGGACACCUCAGCAGCAAAUCAAAGACUCAGCUGUUGCCAUCCACCACAAAGACGGGUACCUACAAGAACAACCUUGAUCAGAUGCUGAAGGAAAUAAAUACCAACAAAAGAGCCAAAGAGAUUGAGACACAACUUCUAACUGCAUGUAAAGAGGACCUGUUGAGAAUAGCUGAAUAUGAGGAGGCUGAGGAGAACCGUGAGGAGGGCAUCUCCACUGAGCACCAGGAAUUCCUGCAGCGCUACUCGUUGAUGUCCAGUGCAAUCAGGGAAGUCCCUCCAGGAGAAGUGGUGUUCAACCUGGAGAAAUUUGGCCGAAUCUUCAACCACGAUACACUGAAGCUCAGACAGUGCAUGGUGAAUCCCCAGGGGACAACACAGAAAAUGCUUCUUUGGUCCAGCCCUUCUCUGCUGAGGUUCCAUGUAAAUAUUGGAUUGUUUCAGGAAGCUUAUGACUCUCGCUCACCAUGUCCAGUUGAGGUUACCCGCUUCCUAUUCAAGAUGAUGUCAGUCCAUAAUGAGAGGAUGGUGUCCUCUCAGAUACAACAGGCCCUCUGUGACAUCGCCUGCACUGCUGCUUAUCAGAUAGUGAAAAAUGGAAGCAAGCUGUUUAAAGUGUGGGUGCCCAGUUUGGCCGAUGUGGCGCUGGUCCUGAUGAAUAUGGGAGUUGCAUUUGUUACUCUCUUCCCUUUUGAGAAUCUGCAGCCUCCAUUCACAGAGGGAGAUUUGCUAGCGGACAUCUACAUCAAAAGUGAGAGUCCCUCCAGUAGCAGCCAGCAGAGCACUUUCCCUGAACACAACUGCAACAACAUCUUGAAGUACCUGUCUUACUGUAUGGACCUCUGUCCACGGGCGUACAGCGACGAUGAGCUGCUGUUGCUACUAACCGUGGUGGGAAGGGUGGGCCUGGACACACGGCUCAUACUUCAGUCUAGUGUGGAGCUGUACCCUCUACAGUCCAAACUUGUCAGAAACAUCAGGGACUGGGAAAACAUGCUGCCCAGAAUCUGUCUGGCCCUUACUGAUCUGACAGAUGACCACCACAACAUGUGCCUGCUAGUUCAACUGCUGCCCUACAACACACGGGGAAAGCAACUACGUCGACAUCUAAGCCUGUCCAUGAUCUCAAAACUGUUAGAUGGAAAUUGUACCUACAGACCUACAGAACCAGAGAUUAAGCUCUCUGAACUGAGACCGUAUCUGCUCCGUAUGCAACCCUCAGCCCUUCUCCGAGGCAUGCUGAGCUCCUCUGGCAGGGGUCACAAAGAUGAAGAAGACAUGGUCACCCUAGACCAACAGGCCUACUACCUCUGCUAUAGUCUUCUGACUUUGGCAAAUGAAGCUUCCAAUUUUCAGUUCUUCCCUGCUCAUCAAAAGGAGCAACUGCUGUCUCUUUGCUCUGAGCUGGAAACGCAUGUUAAGUGUGACAUCAGAGAGAGCGAGAAAUGUUUGUACCGGAGCAAGGUGAAGGACCUGGUGGCCAGGAUCUACACCAAGUGGCAGAUGCUCCUUCAGAGGACCCGGCCUCUCCAUGGUAAACUGUACGAUUAUUGGCAGCCUUUGCCGGUGGACACAUUGACAAGAAGCCAAGAAGAGCAGGAGAUGGACAGCUGUGAGGAUGGAGAGGGGCCUGUGAUGGAGGAGGGUGAUGAUGAUGAUGAUGAUGACGAUGAUGACGAUGAUGAAGAAGAAACCAGUGGAACUGAAGAGAACAAUGUUCUUAUGAUUGCUGACGACGAGAAGGAAGAGGGAGAAGAUGCAGUGGAUGACAAAAAGGAGACCGGUGACGAACCAAAGCCUGAAGACGUGGAGGGAGACAAUAGGAUGGAAUGCUCAAAUGAAACAGAGAAAGCGACAGAUUCAGUACAUGGGGAGGUGGAUGAAGAAAUGCAAGAGAUGGAGCCUCAAGUACACACAGAGUCUGAAGUGAUGGAUGGGCAAAUUGAGGCUGGAAACAUGGAGCAUACUGAGGUAUAGACUAAAAAUCUUGUUGAGAGAAGAGAAACUUCCAUACAGGACCAGGAGGCAGCAUGUUAUUUAGUGUCAUAGAUACAGUUUUCUUGGCUUUCAGGCCUUUAACAGCCAUUGCCUUAAUAUUUAGCUCAAUAUGCACUUUUUCCAUAUCCAUAAGUCCCAGGUUUCCUUUUUAAUUUAAAUAUUGAUUGUAUACUUGUAAAUAAAACCAUUUUAGAAGAGAGCAACAUUUGUGGAAGGCUGAACCUCGUCUCCUUUUUGGUUAGUGCCGCACAAGAAACAAAAGAACAAUUCAUUGUAUGUCUCUUCUGAAAUACCUUGACAUCAAACUCUUACUUCAGUAGUGUGCAAUGUGUAAAAAUGUGGGUACAUAUUCAGUUCAUACUACAGUCAAGUGCCUACGAAAACCUGUGUUUAUUUUAAGAGACUUUUUUUUCUGCUGUCGUUUGUUAAAAUGUAAUUAUUAAUUAUUGUCAAAAAAGUAUAUAAUUUAUUGGUGUCAACAUUUUCUCCAGCCAGUCUAACUGAAAAGUUGACUGUAUGUACCAUAUGUAUGAUAUGCUGCAGAUUGACCUCAAGUGGAAACACGGCCGUAUAUUUUUUUCUCGGAAGUUAUAAUAAUUGAUUCAUGUUCUGUUUGAUCUCCACUGCUGCAUCCAUUUUUCCGUCUUGGCAGGGUUUGGGGGAUUUGUUGUUUGCUGAUUUAUUGUAAGAAAAUCGCUGCUGUGUUGAAUGUGUGCAUUCUGUUAGAUUUCCCUUUUGGGAAAAUAUUUUUUUACAAUAAAAUAAUUUUUACAGCUUUUGCUACCUACAGAAAAUAAACUUUAUUUACAUGUUAA